AUGUCAACUCACAAAUCCGCUCCCAGGAGGUCGACUCGAUUGUCUACCGUCUCCGUAUCAGUCAAGUCUGAACCAGCAGAAGAACAAGAGAUCGUGCAGCCGCCUGCUAAAAAGCAGAAGAAGAGUCACCCUCGAAAGAUAACUACCUCCGCAUCAGCUGAAACCACAUCAGCUAAAACCACGAUCAAGGUAAAGAAGGAUGUACAAGUUAAAUCUGAAAGAGAUGGAGAUCACAUCGACCCAUCUACCGCAUCUUCUUCAACCGACGAUAUCAAACCAACUUUAUCUGAGGUGAACGCUGCUACUGAUGUACGCAAAAAGAGGGGUAGACCAAGUAACGCCUCAACAAAAGUUGAACCUUCGUUUUUGUCUUCCUCUGCCUUAGCUACCACUAUAGUAAAACACGAGUGCGGAGCUACCGUCGAAACCGAACAUACUUCGACCGCUGGUCCGAGUCAAAUCAGCGCCCAGACAUCGACUGUUGGAGUGGCAAAUAAAGUCCAGCCCGACAUCAAGCCAAAGAUCGAGAAUACGAAAAGUCCUGCGAAGGGAAAAGGCAAAGCGAAGGAAAAGGUUGUUGAUCCCAAGAAAGAGAGAUUAGCAAGAAUGCGAGCGAAGUGUCCGAAAACCACCCUGGAUAGAUAUAAACGAGCGAUCUCGCAACGCAUGUUCAUGAUUGAGCGUGAACACGUUGGCGAAGGCAGUAGACAGUAUGAGCAAUUCAAAGUUCUGGGAUCUACUGGUAAUGUCUACACUGUCAACAUCGGUGUCAUCCCUCGGUGCAACUGUCCCGAUAAUUUGAAAGGUAAUAAACCUUGCAAGCACAUCAUUUUCGUUUUCAUCAAGGUCUUGAAAGUCCCAGACGAGUCUCCCAUUUGGUAUCAGAUGUCUCUGACGCCCGAGGAAGUCGAGGAGGUGUUUGCUGCUGCUCCUCCCGUUCCCAAUGGUUCAGUUACCGUCGAUCUCAAGGUACAUAAAGCUUAUCUCCAUGCUACCGGUAGGGGUGUAGACGAGCAGGAAGUCACCGAAAUUGACAAAAAUGUCAACGAUGAGUCCGGCGGUAAGAGAAUGGAUGCAGUCGGAGAAGACUGUCCUGUAUGCUACGAAGAGAUGACACAGCAAGAUUUGGAUGGAAAGUUGUUGACGUAUGACGAAUCUUUGAACGGAUGUGGUAAACCACUUCACAAGGAAUGCUUCCAGAUGUGGGCCUUGACUGCGAGGAACAAGGGCAACGACGUUACUUGUGUCUGGUGUCGAUCACCUUGGCCUACGGAGGACGGUGGCAAAGGCAAAGGCAAAGCUACUGGACCUCAGUACACUUCAAUGGGAUAUCUUAAUAUGGCCGAUGCUGCUGGCUUGUCGCGUCAACGAGAUGUCAGCUCCUAUCACUGGGGUAGUCGGUACCGACACUCCGACUAG